AUGACUGCACGGAAGCAGAGUUGCUGGACCUCUUCUCUUCAUGUGGUGGGUUUGACGAAUUUUAUUGACAUUGCUUUAUGCUCAGGCACCGUGAGUGAGAUUCAUCUGAGUUUUGAUGUGCGGUUGCAGCGUGGCAAGGGUUUCGCCUUUGUAACGUACCUGUUUCCGGAUGAGGCGUUGGUGGUCUUCAAUAAAUUGGACAAGUCCAAAUUUAAGGUGAGCAAUAGUGUUGAAGGACGGUUGAUGUCUAAGUGA